UGCCUUUGUCAUCCAGUGGUCCAUCCUCCUCUCUGGCUUCUUGCACCUCCAUGAUGGACAAAUCGAACUCUCCAUAAAAGGGUUGGUGACAGCCGAUUUUUCUGCCGCUGCCGUACUGAUCACGUUUGGUGCCUUGUUGGGGAAGACCAGUCCCCUUCAGUUAAUCGUUAUUGCCUUACUGGAGAUCGUCUUCUUUACUCUCAAUGAAUGGGUCGGACUCACUUUUAUUAAGGUAGCUGAUGUAGGUGGUUCAAUGUUUGUUCACGUAUUUGGCGCUUACUUUGGCCUGGCGGCCUCUCGGGUACUUUACAAGGUAGACAUCGAGGAAUCGAAAAAAGAGGGCUCUGUAUAUCACUCAGAUAUAUUCGCUAUGAUAGGUACUCUCUUUUUGUGGAUGUACUGGCCAAGCUUUAAUAGUGCUCUUGCAGUCGGGGACGACCAACACAGGGCUGUCAUCAACACAUACCUCGCCCUCGCCUCUUGCUGCGUUGUCUCAUUUGCAAUAUCAGCCGUCCUGAGCGAAGAAAGCAAGUUUGAUAUGGUGCAUAUCCAAAAUUCUACUUUAGCGGGUGGUGUUGCUGUCGGCACAUGCGCUGAUAUGAUGAUUGAACCGUUUGGUGCUCUUGUAAUCGGUGCUGUGGCAGGCACAUUGUCUGUCGUUGGUUACAAAUACAUCACUCCAUUUUUGGCAAAUAAGCUCAAGAUCC